AUGGAGCAGAGGUUAGCUAAUACAUUCCGGAUGACUUUGAAUGAGAAGAAGUUUAUAGAGGCUGCUUUGGCUGUUGAGGAAGCGCCUAUCAGAAUAGAUGGUCGUCGUCCCUUUGAGUACAGGGAGUUAACUAUCAAAUUCGGCAGGGAAGAUGGGACAUGUGAGGUGCAGCUUGGCCAGACUCAUGUCAUGGCAUUUGUGACUUCCCAGUUAGUGCAGCCAUAUCGAGACAGGCCCAAUGAAGGAUCUCUUUCUAUAUUCACAGAGUUUUCUCCCAUGGCUGAUCCUUCCUUUGAGGCAGGUCGUCCUGGGGAAUCUGCUGUGGAGUUAGGGCGUGUAGUCGAUCGUGGUUUGAGAGAAAGCAGGGCAGUAGAUACUGAAUCGCUCUGUGUUGUCUCUGGGAAAUUUGUCUGGUCUAUUCGUAUUGAUCUUCACAUCUUAGACAAUGGGGGAAAUCUUGUUGAUGCUGCCAAUAUUGCUGCUCUAGCUGCUCUCUCAACAUUUCGAAGACCUGAAUGUUCACUAGGAGGUGAUGAUGGUCAAGAAGUGAUAAUACAUUCACCUGAGGUCAGGGAGCCGCUUCCUUUGAUUAUACAUCAUCUUCCUAUUGCAGUAACCUUUGGAUUUAUUGGCGAAAAAUGCAUGUUGUUGAUAGACCCGACGUACCUUGAAGAGGGUGUUAUGCGCGGAAGAUUGACUGCCACCCUUAAUGCAAAUGGUGAUAUUUGUGCAAUCCAAAAAGCUGGUGGAGAUGGUGUCGAGCCGAAUGAAAUCAUUCGGUGCAUACGUAUUGCUGAAGGAAACGCUAAACGUUUUACUGAUAAGAUAAAGGAAGCUGUUGCCUUGUACGAUACAGAAAGAGCACUACGAAAGAUUAAGCGGCAGCCUUCUACUGUGGCUGUUUCUGUUGGUGAACCUAGUCAGAAGGAAGUUAAGGAUGUGUCAAUGGCUGACGGUGAGAAAUUGUUACCGAAACAAGAGGAAAAAAGUGUAAGUCGAGAUGAUGACAUGGAAAUUGAACCCCGACCAGAACAAGAUGUUGCUGAGAGGAGACAGAGCAGACUGAACAGUUUCGUUGGUGGACCCUCGAGUUGGGAUCCGGUUUCAAAAGGUGUUGAUUUUGAUGGAUUGCAAGCAUCUCUUGCUUCGCGAGGAGAUGGAAUGGCUGUUGCGAAGCUAGAGAAAUCAAUGAAAGAGAAGUCAGCUGAAAGACAAACAACUGACAUAGCUCCUGUCAGGAGGGCUUCACAUUCAUUAGAUCAAGCUGCUGGAACUGGACAACAAGGAAAUGGAGAAAAGACCUUAAAGGACGCGGUGAAGCCUAAGCACAAGAGGAAAAAGAAGGUGGCAUCAAAAAGUGUUGCAAAUUAG